CCGCUGUCACAAAUGCGAACAUGGCGACGAUGAUGUCCAUUUAAAGAGCAACGACGCGUUUUUACUCCCGUUCGGCGUUCGGCUACGACGAAUUUUAUAAUUGCUGCCGGUGACAACAAGGAACACGAUGGGCAAUGCCGACACAAAACUGAACUUCCGGAAGGCCGUGGUGCAAUUGACGUCGAAAACUCAGGUGAUCGAUUCGUCGGACGAUAUAUUCUGGGAUCAGUUCUGGUCCGAGAACGUGACCAACGUUCAGGACAUCUUUACCCUGAUCCCGGCACCGGAGAUCCGUGUGUUGAGGGAGGAGGCGCCUUCCAAUUUGGCAACGUUAUGCUACAAGGCGGUGGAGAAGUUGGUUAAGGCGGUGGAUAGCAGCUGCAGAACCCAACGGGAGCAUCAAACUGUCCUGAACUGCUGUCGCUUAUUGACACGUUUGCUACCUUACAUAUUCGAGGAUCCCGAUUGGAAAGGCUUCUUUUGGUCCAGUCUACCUGGCAAAGAUGACGAGGAGAGCUUGCCAUUGGCACAUUCUUUGGUGAACGCGCUCUGUGAUCUGUUAUUUUGUCCUGACUUUACUGUAGCUGCAAACAGAAAAUCCGGUCCGGACAAAGCCGAUGAGUUGCAGUCGAUAGACAGCUGCGAAUAUAUCUGGGAAGCGGGAGUAGGUUUCGCGUACUCGCCGCCCAGGUAUCCUAUUCUAGAUUCGAAUCGCACGGAAUUGUUGAAGCUCUUGCUGACAUGCUUCAGCGAAACCAUGUACAAUCCGCCGACGGACUUGUCGAUUAUGCCGAACAGAUGGAUUCAGUAUUUGACCAGCAGUGAAAACAGACACGCUUUACCCAUGUUUACAUCGCUUUUGAACACGGUAUGCGCAUACGAUCCUGUUGGAUAUGGUGUGCCAUACAAUCAUUUGCUGUUCACCGAUUCCUUGGAACCGCUGGUUGAUGUCGCUUUGCAAAUCUUGAUCGUAACUUUGGAUCAUGAUACCACUGGCGGAGCACCGUUGGAAGAAGGGGUAGUCGGAGAUAAUUUGUUCAUCAAUUAUCUAAGUCGAAUCCACCGCGAUGAAGAUUUUCAAUUUGUCUUGAAGGGUAUCACCAGGUUGUUGAAUAAUCCAUUGAUGCAAACGUAUCUACCGAAUUCAACAAAGAAAGUGCAUUUUCACCAGGAGCUGCUAGUCUUCUUUUGGAAAAUGUGCGAUUACAACAAAAAGUUCUUGUAUUACGUGCUAAAGAGCUCGGAUGUCCUUGAGGUUCUUGUGCCGAUUCUUUAUCAUUUGAACGACUCGCGUGCUGAUCAAUCACGAGUUGGUUUAAUGCACAUCGGCGUAUUUAUUUUACUCCUCUUGAGUGGAGAACGCAAUUUCGGAGUGAGGUUGAAUAAACCGUACACAGCUACAGUGCCUAUGGACAUUCCAGUUUUUACAGGAACACAUGCUGAUCUCUUAGUCACUGUAUUUCAUAAAAUCAUCACAACCGGCCAUCAGAGACUGCAACCGCUGUUUGAUUGUCUAUUAACGAUACUAGUCAAUGUCUCGCCGUAUCUUAAAACACUGUCCAUGGUGGCAAGCACGAAACUGCUGCAUUUAUUGGAAGCAUUUAGUACGCCGUGGUUCCUUUUCUCGGCGCCCACUAAUCACCAUUUGGUGUUCUUUUUGCUCGAGAUCUUUAACAAUAUUAUCCAGUAUCAGUUUGAUGGAAAUAGCAACUUAGUCUACACUAUAAUACGCAAACGGCAAGUGUUCCACGCGCUCGCGAACUUACCCAGUGAUUGCAACACGAUCGCAAAGUCUCUUAGCAAGAGACAGCGUCGUCACAUGCCUGCGAGUACGUCUAACGAGAAUGUCAGCGAGACCGCGAUGGAAGGAUCGCAUCCCGCGCAACCCGCCGAACCCGGCACUUUGAAGGCAUCCUUGUUGGAGACUCCUGGUAUCGAGAAAAUGACGGAAAAGGAAUCGGCGCAUCCGCUGAGUCCGUCGGCCAGCGUUGAUAUUGGUAAGUCGAUCAGUAAUCGAUCGGAGAGCAAGAUGGAUAUCGCGGAGGAAUCGAUGAACGCGACCAAGAAUUCCAUAGUGCCGAAGGGUGGCAUUCGUGUUGCCGAGCAAACGAGUACCAAUGUCAAUAACGUUCAUCAGUGGGUGCCGUCCAGCGACUGGGUGUACCAGUGGAAGAGCAAGCUCCCACUACAGACCAUCAUGCGAUUACUUCAGGUCCUCGUUCCACAGGUCGAGAAGAUCUGCAUCGACAAGGGGUUGACAGACGAGAGCGAGAUCCUGAAGUUCCUGCAACACGGUACCCUUGUCGGGUUGCUGCCAGUGCCGCAUCCUAUCCUCAUCAGGCGGUAUCAGGCUAACGCCGGCACAACCGCGUGGUUUCGCACGUACAUGUGGGGCGUUAUAUAUCUGAGAAACGUCGAACCACCCAUAUGGUAUGAUACGGACGUCAAGCUGUUUGAGAUCCAGAGGGUUUAGAUAACAAUCGCUAUAAGAGGUUCGUUAUCGUUCGCACUUGAAAUACUGUUUUAUUGGCAGUGCGCAAGAAGAUGAGUCUCAUCGAACUCGUUAUUGUGUAUCAUGUAGCAUCAUUUCUGAACAUUAAUUAAAAUUGAAGGAUUCAAUACGAUCCAGUUUUGUAAGAGCUCGAGGAUAUAUACAAGUUUCUUCACCUUUAAAUUUUAAAAUAAAUCAGUUAAAAUACAUAAUUAUGAAGAGAACUCUAAAAUAAGUUUCUUCGAGAUUUUAUAAAAACAUAUUAGACCAUUAGAAUCCUUCAGUUACAUAACUGAAAUUUAAUUGAUUCCUUGUCUCUUUAGCUGAAGAAAAAUCCGGCGAUUCUCCUUAUUUGAAUGGUUUCGCUGAUGGUUGUCACCAUUCCUGCAAGUCAAAUCAAUUUUCUAUGACCAAGAAAGAGGCAAGAAUCAAUUAAACAUCGGUUAGCUUUGACCAAUGUUUACGGGAAUUUAACGAGACAGCGCGACGAACACGUCGAGUCACACGUUCGAUUACUUUUUACACGGCGUGAGCCUCCAAAGUACUUUCAUCUUGAUGUAACAUACAUGUACUGUAUACAGAUCGCAAACAUCGUUUGCAAUCAAGUGAGUUAUUAUUACUAUUAUGGUAUCCCGAAAACUGUAUAAUCUCGUUUGUAUCAUAGUAAUAUAUAUACUGUCAGUAAAUGGAAAAUAUAUAUCGUCGAUCUUAAGGAAAAAUUCGCCAAUUAAAUUAAUUUAACAGACGAUAGAAGAAGAACCGACUAUAAGUAAAAAAUUAUAUUUUAAACUUUACUCAUA